AUGAACAAGGACAUCAAGCGCUGGGUUCAAGCCUGCAUUCCGUGUCAGCGGACCAAGGUUCACAGGCACACCCGCCUUCAUCCUUCUCAGUUUCCCGUGCCAGACAGCCGCUUCGCUCAUAUCCACACCGACUUGACUCGUCAACACACUGGGCUGCAAGCGGAUUCGAACGACUGCCACCAACCGGCGUCAAACGGCCUCGUUGAGCGCUUCCACCGACAGCUCAAGGUUGCCCUCCGGGCUGCUCCUGAAACGCCCUGGCCAGAAGUCCUACCGCUCGCGCUCCUGGGGAUUCGCUCCACCUUCAAAGCUGACAUGGGCUGCGCCGUCGCCGAGAUGGUUUACGGCACGUCCCUACGCCUCCCCGGAGAUCUCGUUUGCGCGUUGCCAUGCAGCACUGCUCUGCCACCAGCUGACUACGUUUCGCGGCUCCGCCGUACUAUAGCCGCCCUUCGUCCAGCAACAUCUCGGCCCUCGCGUGUGCCCCCGGCCUUCCAGCAUCCCGACCUUGCCUCCUGCACACACGUCUUUGUGCGCUGUGACGCUGUAUGGAAGCCCCUGCAACCGCCCUACUCAGGCCCUCACCUCGUGCUGCGCCGUUCACCCAACUUUUACACCAUUCAACUGAACGGCCGCGAGGGCACUGUUGCCUUAGAACAGCUUAACCCGGCAUACGUCGACGCUGCACCACCGUUGCCGCCCUCCUUCUCCGUAGAGCUACUCCACGACUCACCCUCCACGGCAACUUGUCCGCUCACUACUCCAACUACUCUCCCCCUCGCCUCCCCGACUCAGACCACCCCGACAAGUCACUUGGGCUCCCAAGCCCGUUUCUAUUCGCCAGCUUCCAGCGCUUGGCUAAGGGGGAGGCCCUGUGGCGGCAUUGCCAGCGCCAUCACAUCAAGGCGUGACCCGAACAAUACCUUGGACAAUACCUGA